UCAGCAUCUUUUAUUUUGAUAUUCACUGCUGAGCCCUGCACAAGGCUGAAACAGCUGUCACCGCUGAUGACGUCACGGCCUGAGGAGCGUGCCGCUAUUCGGAUAUCAUGAGUGAAGAUGAAGUCCACCGUGCCCUUAUUACUCUGGGUCCUGCUUACUGUUGCAGGGCUGAGCCAAGCUCAGGUCAAGACCUCUCUCAUGGAUUUGACCAACAGCAUUGUGAGCAUCCUACCCAGUCUCAGCCGCCCGGUAAACCACAGCCGUAUCUUCUACGCAGUGAUGUUUGAUGCUGGGAGCACUGGGACCCGCAUCCAUGUCUACACCUUCAUCCAUAGUGACUCAGAGGAGCUGCCUGUUUUGGACAAUGAGAUGUUCCAUUCCAUAAAGCCUGGUUUGUCAGCAUAUGCUGAUGCCCCAGAAAUGGCAGGACACACUGUGAGGAUGUUAUUGAAGGUGGCCAAGAAGACCGUGCCUCGCUUGGAGUGGAAGAGGACCCCGGUGGUCCUCAGAGCCACAGCUGGACUUCGGCUGCUACGCACAGAGAAAGCUCACGCGCUUUUGGACCAGGUCCAACAUGUGUUUGAUGAAUCUCCCUUUCUGGUCCCAGACAACAGCGUCAGCAUAAUGAAUGGCACAAACGAAGGUAUUCUGGCUUGGAUAUCUCUGAACUUUCUAACAGGUCACCUGAAUGCCCAAAACAAGAAGACAGUGGGGAUACUGGAUUUGGGCGGAGGUUCCACACAGAUCACUUUCCUGCCAAAACAGAAGAAAACCAUUGAAAGUGUUCCUGUUGCUGAUUACGUUGCCAGUUUUGACAUCUUCAACUCAACAUUUGAGUUGUACACUUACAGCUACCUCGGACACGGACUAAUGGCAGCACGACUGGCUACGCUGGAUGCUUUGGGUGCAGAAGGGUUGGAGUGGCGGGUUUUUAAAAGUUCCUGUCUGCCAAAGAAGUACAGCGAUGAAUGGAGCUUCGGAGGGCUAACCUACCAUGUUAGCGGGGACCCAGAUGGUUAUUCAGGAUACAAGCUUUGUUAUCAGGAAGUACUUAAGGUGGUGAAAGGGAUUAUUCAUCAGCCAUAUGAGCUCGAAGACAGCAGUGUUUUCUAUGCAUUCUCCUAUUACUUUGACAGAGCUGUGGACGCGGGACUUAUCGAUGGGGUCCAAGGAGGGAUGCUGGAGGUCAGAGACUUCAAGAAGAGAGCUAAAGAAGUGUGCAAUAAGAUGACCAAGUAUCCUCUCAUCAGUCCUUUCCUGUGUAUGGACAUGACCUAUAUCACUUGUCUUCUCAAGGAUGGGUUUGGCUUCAAGGAGAGCACUGUGCUGCAGCUGACCAAGAAAGUGAACAACGUGGAGGCGAGCUGGGCUCUGGGUGCCAUGUUGGACCACUUCCACAACCUGAUCCACUGAGGGGAAGUGAAGAACAAACACUGCUACUUAAUAACAAAUGUCUAUGUUUAAUCCACUGUGAGUGAGUCUAGUGCUGCUGAAGUAGGUAGAAAAUGACAGCUGUCAUGGCAGACUACAGCAGU